GGCGGUCGGGCGGGAAGGGAAAGCAGGGCACGCGAAGGGAAGACGGGCGGGGGGAGGCGGCGGCGGCGCCGCGCUCGCCCCGCUGCCCUGGAUGACGGGCGGCCGGUUCGACUUCGACGAUGGCGGCACUUACUGCGGCGGCUGGGAGGACGGGAAAGCCCACGGGCACGGCAUUUGCACCGGGCCCAAGGGGCAGGGCGAGUACGCCGGCUCCUGGUCCCACGGCUUCGAGGUGGCGGGCGGCUACACCUGGCCCAGCGGCAACACUUACCUGGGCUACUGGGCGCAGGGCAAGCGGCACGGGCUGGGCGUGGAGACGAAGGGCAGGUGGACGUACCGCGGCGAGUGGUCCCACGGCUUCAAGGGGCGCUACGGCGUGCGGCAGAGCCUCAGCACGCCAGCCCGCUACGAGGGCACCUGGAGCAACGGGCUGCAGGACGGAUACGGCGUUGAGACCUACGGGGACGGAGGUACCUACCAGGGGCAGUGGACAGGAGGGAUGCGCCACGGCUACGGCGUGCGCCAGAGCGUGCCCUACGGCAUGGCGACCGUGAUCCGCUCCCCGCUCCGCACCUCGCUGGCUUCGCUGCGGAGCGAGCAGAGCAACGGCACCGUCCUGCACGACGCCGCCUCAGACAGUCCCGCCGGCACCAGGGGAGGCUUCGUGCUCAAUUUCCACAGCGAUGCCGAGGCCGUGGGCAUCAAGAAGAAAGGAGGCUUGUUCCGAAGAGGAUCCCUCCUGGGCAGCAUCAAACUUCGCAAGUCCGAGUCUCGGUCAUCGAUAUCUAGCAAAAGGAGCUCCGUCAGGAGCGAUGCUGCUAUGAGUAGGAUUAGUUCCAGCGAUGCCAACUCUACCAUUAGUUUUGGAGAUGGUGACUGUGAUUAUUGCUCUGUGGAAGACCACGUCGACGCCACCACUACGGAAGCCUACAUGGGCGAGUGGAAGAACGACAAGCGCAGCGGGUUCGGCAUCAGCGAGCGCUCCAACGGGAUGAAGUACGAAGGGGAGUGGCUCAACAACAGGAGGCACGGCUAUGGAUGUACCAUGUUCCCAGAUGGCACCAAAGAAGAGGGGAAGUACAAAAACAACGUUUUGGUCCGUGGGAUAAGGAAGCAGCUGAUACCCAUACGGAACACCAAAACGAGAGAAAAGGUGGACAGAGCGAUAGAGGGCGCCCAGCGAGCCGCCGCCAUGGCCAGAACCAAAGUGGAAAUCGCCACUUCAAGCUGGCGCUCUCCGCACGUGGCGGCCGGGUUUGUGCCCACCCCGGGCGGCAGCUGCCAGUCGCUUCCCGGCGGCACCCAGCGCCCUGUGCCACUCCCGGCCUGCCCAGCUGGCUGA